UGGGUGGUUGUUUGUCUAUUUGAACGAAACCUCUGCUUGAUCUUCACGAACCACAAAAUUAAAAACUUUUCAACAUCACGAACCCAACCACCUGCAACCUCAAAAAAGGCAAUACGGCGAACUGGUAGAGAAUGGGCCAGAGGCACAACCGACGUCGCACCCGUCCGCGUUCUCGAAACCGCAGCAGCAGCAUCACCAAUAACGAAUUCACUCCUAUCGAUGCUUUCUUUCGACCUCCCAAUCCAGUCUUACCUGCGUCCAUCGACUGCCAUGAUUUCCCCGCCCCAACCUGGCACUAUGGGAAUCUGACAUGGCAGGCCCGUGAUCGCACGACAAGACUGGAAACCUCCCAUCUGGAGGCGGAGCAGUGUCGACUCUUCGGGGGUGAACCCGGUGAUGAUGUGGGCCUUUGCUAUCGCAUGCUGGAGUAUUUUGGUGGACUCGAUUACAUCGACUGUCCCCAAUCUCUGAACGCAUUACCUGGAUGACAUACCUCAACAUGCAACAAAAUCGUCAGCCUUUUUCUUUUGCACAUUCAACAACAAUUUAAAAAGAGUCAAUCAGACGGUGGAAACCAAAAAAA